ACAGUAGGCUAUUAUUUGCCUUUAUAUGAGGAGGAAUUGGCGAGGAUAACCGGCAGCAAGGAGAGCUGCUGUGAAAGAGGAGGAAGGAGAUGGAGUCUUUGCCUGUUCCGAGAGGAGUAACAACGAUCAAUAGGGGUGUGGCAGUGGAGAAGGCGAAGGUCGAAGGUGCUGGUGACAGAAGAGAUUUUGAUGUUGAAGCAGAAAUCUGGAACAGCAAUCCAUCAAAGCCAACCUCUCCCUGCAGCAGUCAGGCGGAUUAUACUGAAUUCAGUACCAAAGAGAAAAUAUUUCUGGAACCAAGUUCGACAAACUGCAAUCGCAGCAACCAAAUACAUUUCUUUGGAGUAGCAAAGCAAGAAGAAGUGAAGGAGACAUUUGAGCUUUCUUCUCAUCCUGAUGCUGAGGAUUCUGACCUCGUUUCUCUCAGCCUUGGAACAAGUGUAAGCUGCAGGCUCAGAGAAGAAGAGAAGGCAAAGGAUGUACACAGCCACUGCUACACGUUCUAUGGUGAACUUGAAGAAGGUCUCUCUCUUGGGUUGGACUGCAACUUGGAAGAAGCCAUUAGCAGGCAAGCCAAACCUCCACCAGCUGUAGAUCCAUACAACAGCUUCGAAGAAGUGUCACCCCUACCCACCGCCAAGAGAGCUAGGGUUUCAGUGAGAGCAAGAUGUGAUGGCCCAACAAUGAUUGAUGGAUGCCAAUGGAGGAAGUAUGGGCAGAAGAUAGCCAAAGGAAAUCCAUGUCCUCGUGCAUACUAUCGUUGCACUGUUUCACCAGGGUGCCCGGUGAGGAAGCAGGUGCAAAGAUGCGCUGACGAUAUGGCCAUACUGAUCACCACCUACGAAGGAACCCACAACCACCCACUUCCGGCCUCCGCCACCGCCAUGGCUUCGACGACGUCGGCAGCUGCAAGCAUGCUCAUCUCUGGUUCAUCCUUCUCAUCCUCUCCCACCAUUAGCAUGUCGCAGUUUUGCUCUCCGAAUCUGCCGUUCUAUUCCUCGACUUCCCGUCCUACGAUCACAUUGGAUCUCACUGCACCCGCGACUGCACCCCAAGUCGAGCUAUCUCCGAGCUGCUCCUUGAACUCAAGCGACUCACCAUGGAGCAGUGGAUGCACAAGCCAUGGAACUCAGCCGAAGACGACGACUAACGCAGCUCCAUCCCUCCCAAACCAACAACAUCAUUCACUGACACAAAUGAUUGCCGGGGCGAUUACAACCCACCCGAGCUUCCAGUCUGCAGUAGCAGCUGCAAUUGCAUCAUACCUCGGUGGAACCGAUGGCGACAGGGAAGGCUCAACCCACGAUCUCCAACCACAAGAACAAUUAGCCGCCACAGCUGCCUCGAUCAUGUCAAACUCCUCGAAUCCAGACCAGCAGCGACAAUGAGACUCAGCUUAGGUGAAGUUUUGAGCUGAUAAUUCAUGUACAUAAUCAGUUUGGCAGCUAUGUUUAAAGGAACUCUUAGUAAGUGGGAUUGAUAAGUAUUUU